CUCACGCUGCUCUGUACUGCGCCGGGGAGCGAUCCGGCCCCACUUGCGGAAGGCCAGCGGCGCACCCGCGGGGCUCCUCGUCCUUGAGCGAGGGCUCCGAGGUCUCGCCCGCCCCGAGCCGUCGGCCACGCGAGCGCGUGGCGGGGCUCCAAGCCACCGCGUUGCCUUCAGCUCCGAGCCACGCGUGUGCGAGCGCGCUGGAACCGACUUCGGUUCAGCUGUUUGCUGGCACGAACCCCAGCUUUCGUUUCGCUCCCGGCCUCCCGCAGCACUCGGGGUGGAUUUUGUGCCGGGGGCUUGCUCUGGUGGGCACCGAGGCCCCGCUUCCCAGCGUGGGUGGCCGCUGGGCGGAGUGGGGUGAGGCGGGGCGAGACACGCGUGGCGUGGGCGGCCGGGUCGGAGCGGCGGGCCAGCAGCACCGGUAACUUUCCUCCCGGGCUGGGGAGGCGCUGGAAGGUGCUGGAAGGAACCGGGGCCCCGGCAGCGCAGGAAGGAGCCGCUCACCCGCUUGGAUCACAGAGCAGAGAGGGCUCUGCUGCUCUGGGACAGCGCUGGAAAGGUUUCCCCCCUCCGAGAGGCAGCAGGUACUUCCCUUCUGACUUGCAGUAGCAGAGGGAAACUGAAGACGUUGAAGGAAGACGCCUGCUGCCUCUUGCUCUGCAGUAACCAUGCUGCAGCAAUGAGAUUAUAGCGAGCCCUUCCUGUGUGGCCUCCAUGGGUCCCACUCAACUCAGCACACAGGAUCAUGGGAAGAGGGUGGCAAGUGUAUUUGAGAUGGAGGAGGAAGGGCUUUCACUCUUCUCUGGCUCAGAGAACCCCCCUGAGCAUGCAGAAAAUCCCCCCUUGAAGCGGAAGAAGGGCCCAGCCCCAAAGAUGCUGGGAAAUGAAGUGUGCAGCGUGUGCGGCGACAAGGCUUCAGGCUUCCACUACAACGUGCUGAGCUGCGAAGGCUGCAAGGGCUUCUUCCGCCGCAGCGUCAUCAAGGGUGCCCAGUACGUCUGCAAGAAUGGCGGCAAGUGUGAGAUGGACAUGUAUAUGCGCCGCAAGUGCCAGGAGUGCCGGCUGCGCAAGUGCCAGGAGGCGGGCAUGCGGGAGCAGUAUGUUCUGUCUGAAGAGCAAAUCCGGCUGAAGAAGCUGAAGAAACAGGAGGACGAUCAGGCUCGGACAGUUGUGGUGCGUCCAAACCCUCCACAUCCACCAAGCCCUUCCCACAAACUAACGCCUGAACAGUUAAGCAUGAUAGAAAAGCUUGUCGCCGCUCAGCAGCAGUGCAACCAGCGCUCAUUCACGGACAGGCUCAAAGUGACGCCAUGGCCCCAAGUUCCUGACCCUAAUAACCGUGAAGCGAGGCAGCAGCGUUUUGCUCACUUUACAGAACUUGCAAUUAUCUCUGUGCAAGAGAUUGUGGACUUUGCCAAGCAACUGCCCGGCUUCCUGGAGCUCACCAGGGAAGAUCAGAUUGCGUUAUUGAAGACAUCUACCAUAGAGGUGAUGUUAUUGGAGACAUCUCGACGCUACAAUCCAGAGAUUGAGAGCAUCACUUUUCUUAAGGACCUGAGCUAUAAUCGGGAUGACUUCGCCAAAGCAGGUCUGCAGUUUGAGUUCAUUAACCCCAUCUUUGAAUUCUCAAAGGGAAUGAAUGAGCUACAACUCAACGAUGCUGAAUAUGCACUUUUAAUCGCCAUCAACAUUUUCUCUGCAGACCGACCGAAUGUGCAGGACCAGUCCCUGGUGGAGAGACUGCAGCACACCUAUGUGGAAGCCCUUCAUUCUUACAUUUGCAUCAACAGACCAAAUGACCACCUGAUGUUUCCACGGAUGUUAAUGAAGCUGGUCAGUCUUCGGACACUAAGUAACGUCCACUCUGAACAGGUGUUUGCCCUUCGGCUGCAGGACAAGAAACUCCCUCCCCUGCUCUCAGAAAUCUGGGAUGUGCAUGAGUGACUGCAUGCUCCCAGGGCACUGAUACACCGACAUAACGCCAUGUCCCAGCCUUUGCUAACAAGAAGCCAGCCUCCCCUCUCCAAAGCACUGAACUCUGGGCUAGGCAGUGCAGGGAGUGAUGAGCCUGGGGUUUCAGUGUUAUCACGAGAUUAUGCAGGAGGCAGCUGGGGUAGAUCAGAUGGGGGGGGGUUGGUUUUGAUGUAGUGCCCACGCCCCAAAUGAGUAGCAUGAAACAUCUGAAAACGGUAGAAAUGAAGACCCUCCCCACGCACAUACACCUCUUUCUUCAGAGUCUCUUUCUCUUUUCUAAGCAUGUCCUGGGGAUUGGCCCAUUGAUCCUUUCCUCUCUUGUUGAUUAUGAAAAUGAAUUUGCAGGAACUUGCCAAACCAUCUCUAUUGAGAGUAACCCAGCUCAAAAGGCUUCUGCAGGGUCCCCAGUGUACCUGGAUCUGAGGAGCUCAGGGAAGUCAAUGUGGAUGUUCUAGGGGUUUCACUGGGUUUCCGAUAAAUAAAAUCUCUUGUACGUACUGCCCUUUACAAAGAUUCCAAGAGAAGUAGCUGUUAUUUCCUUAUUAUGAGACUUCGUCUCUAGAGCUGCCCUUUCACUCUGACCCUUCUUUGGAAAGAGGAUUCCUCUAACGUGUAAUGCCCUUUGUCUAACAGGGAGGUCCUCUGGGUAGGGAACAUUUGUACGUCAGGAAGACAUCAGGCAUAAAGCAGUGGACUUUUUUAAUGUAAUAUAUCACAAUUUUAUUUCACGAUGGUUCUCAGACAGUUCACUUUACCUUUGAUUUGCUAAUACGUGGAAAACUUUAGUUCAAAACAAAUCAGGGCAUAGAUUUUUAUCUUUAGGGGUGGAAGAGAAGAGAGAAAGGUGGGAAGGACUGGUACCUAGACAAGGUAGGUGUGGUGGAAGGAUCUCAAAAACUUCCAAGAAUUUGGAGCAUGUGGCAUGUGUUCCAAGGUGAGUGUGAAGAUGUGUUUUCCAAGGAGAAGAGGACAUGCUGCAUUUAGUGAAAUAUGUGGGCAUUGCGUAAGCUAUGGGCUGCACAACUCUCAGAUUGCGGGUUGCAGGAAUAUUGAGUGUAACCAGAUCCGCUUGCAUCUUCUUCCUUAUGCCAAAGUCUUUCCAAGGUACUUGCUCAAGGUUCUAGUGAUUGUCGUGGGAUAUGGAGGUUCCUUUUGUGUGAGGAGUGCCAACUGCUUUAGAAGGACACUUGGGUCUUGUAUCUUUUUUCGCUUUGGGCACAGUGAGAUCCACGCUGGAUUUAUGCCCUACAUUCUUAAGUAUCCACAUCCUCAAGUAUUCUAGGAUUUACAGCAAUAUUUUGUCUGACGGAAGAGAAAUAUACUGUUCCAAAAUCUGUUCCGUAUUUUCCAAGAAAUAACAUCUUAUGGCAGAUCUCAGAGAUGUAACCUGAAGUAUCCUGGUAGCUUAGUCUCAUGAGCCUUCUCUGUCAUAGGGGUCUGUUUGCUUGCCCGGUGAGCAUCCCAAGAGCCUAGGUUCACAAUGGCUCGUUGUUUUGUGUUUGUUUGUUUGUUUUUUGGCUGUGUAUCUGAGCGCUAUGCCCGUGGUGAGGGUAUCGUGUCCAUUUUGCACUUGAGGUUGGUCCCCUGCCACUGGCCUUCACUCUGCACCUUUGUAAAGCACUUGUAACAAUCUGUAAAAUAAUCUGUUGUUUUUUAUAACUCAUUGCAAUUGCAAAAAAUCUUGUUAAAAUCUGUAUUUUUAACUAAUCUGUUUGAGAAAUGUUAAUGUUUAUAUAAAAGAAUAAAGCCUAAUACAGGA